UACAUAUACAUCUCGUGGUUGACAAAUACUAAGUCUUAGUGGGAGAGUUGCAGCGAAAGACUUUUGAAGUUCCCGUAAAAAGAAAAUACAAGGAAACCUGCCUGAAAAUAAAGUGAAUCGAUAUUUGAUUUUGUCUCAAGCCAAACGUAGUAAUGUGAUAGGGGGCGCUCCAACACAACAUUUUGAGGCACAUCGCACGCGCUGCAGAAAACAGAGAUGACAAAUAUUUACGAGGCAUUUGUUUUCAAGGAAGGCCAUUUACUAAUAAAUUGGAGCAUUCUAUUUAAAAAUUAUAAUAGUGACAAAGGAGUUCACAAAUGAGGAACCGUAUGUACUUGAGUAUCCAGGAAAUAUUAAUAUAGAUUAAAAUGUAUAAAGAUAAGCAUUUGAUUCAGCGAUUCUAACCUAAGAAUGGCCUUUUUCUAAAAACCCAUAGUCUUCCAUUCCACUUAAAGGAACUUUGGAACACUGGCCCAGUCCCCAAUCAGCUAAUUGGCGUCCGCUCCGUCUAAUCACGUGGUAUAAACCCAAACGGGCACGCCUUGCUCAGUUUUCACUCCGUGGCUCCAGGAUGGAGGGCUUCCCGACCACCUUCCCUCCGCCCUACGGCGUGGUGUGCGCCCCCGCCGCGGGCCCGAUCCCGACCCCGGGGAGUGUCUGCUGGCCCAAGCGGGAGGCGCGCUUCGUGACGCCGCACGGUGUCAACUACCUGGAGCUGUGCAAGGCCAUCCUGGGCCAGGCUUGGCCGGCCCCCGCAGCCCGAACCCGAGACUGCGGCGUGCAAGUGAACGCCAAAGUGGACAAGACAGUGCAGUGCUCCCUGGGGCCCAAGACGCUGCUUGGCUUGGGGGAGCGGGGGGAGGAAGAGGAGGACAGGGACGAAGACUGCCCUGGUGGCGGCAGCGACAAGACUCCUUCAGUGAGCCAGCUGCGCUUCUUCACCCGACCGGUGUCUAUCUACUCGCCCGUGUUCGAGCGCGGCUUUCACAUGGAGCUCGCAGAGGAAGAGGCGCGUGACGAGGAAAAGGAGCACGAGCACGAGCGGGAGGGGAGCAAACAUCCGGAACAGGUCCACAAGGCCACUGUUCAUCGGGCCAACAGGGGCUCCAAUUUACAGUUUCUGGACCAGAGGUACGGCUUCUUCCACUGCAAAAAGUGUAACAUCCGGUGGGAGAGUGCUUACGUGUGGUGCAUCUCGGGAACCAACAAGGUUAAGUCACUGACUGAGGACACUAAAAGUCUGCACACCCCUGUUCAAAUGCAAGGUUCUUGCAACAUGCAGAAAAAAAGAGUGUACUACAAGCAGCUCUGCCGGAAGUGUCAGGUGGGCUUCAACCCCUACAGAGUGGAGUCCAUCAUAUGCAAGGGCUGCUCCGAGACGUGCUGCAGCUGCGAGAAGAAGCAGAGACACAUCAACAUGACCAGGCCUCACCGACAGGAUCUGUGCUGCCGAUGCCGGGGCACCAAGCUCUCCUGCGACGCCACCUACAGCUUCAAAUACAUUGUCUAAUGUUGUGACGGCCAUGACUUGUUGGGCGGGCGCUCUCCACGUCUCCUUGUCGUUUUUCCACAGAAUAAACUAAGUGCAUCUCAAGGGUGGACUCUGAA